AGUGAUACAUAAAAAAUGGCGACCCUCAAAGUCGGGAGGAUCAAGUUGGGUUCUCAGGGCCUCGAAGUGUCAGCUCAAGGCAUCGGUUGCAUGGGGAUGUCCGCCGUGUACGGUUCCCCAAAGCCGGAAUCCGACAUAAUUGCGCUCAUCCACCACGCCGUCGAUUCCGGGGUCACCCUUCUCGACACCUCCGAUGUUUACGGCCCUCACACCAACGAAAUCCUCCUCGGGAAGGCGUUGAAAGACCGCGGUGUUCGAGAAAGGGUUGAAUUGGCCACAAAGUUCGGUAUAUAUUAUACCGAUGGCGGCGAAGCGGACAUCCGCGGUGACCCUGCUUAUGUUCGAGCUGCUUGUGAAGGUAGCUUGAAACGACUCGGUGUUGAUUGCAUCGAUCUUUAUUAUCAGCAUCGGAUUGAUACCAGGGUCCCCAUUGAAGUCACGAUUGGGGAAGUUAAGAAGCUAGUUGAAGAAGGUAAAGUCAAGUACGUAGGUUUGUCUGAGGCGUCGGCUUCGACGAUUCGGAGGGCGCAUGCUGUGCAUCCUAUAAGUGCUGUGCAGUUAGAAUGGUCUUUGUGGUCCAGAGAUGUUGAAGCUGACAUUAUUCCAACUUGCAGGGAACUUGGGAUUGGGAUUGUUGCUUACAGUCCCCUUGGGAGAGGGUUCUUUGCAUUAGGGCCUAAAAUUGUGGAUACUUUGUCCAAUGACGACUUCAGGAAGAAUCUACCAAGGUUCCGGCCUGAAAAUAUGGAGCAUAACCGACGCCUUUACGAUCGAGUUAAUGAGAUAGCAGCAAAGAAAGGGUGCACCCCACCACAGCUUGCAUUGGCUUGGGUCCAUCACCAAGGGAAUGAUGUCUGCCCCAUUCCUGGAACCACCAAAAUCGAAAACUUCAACCAGAACAUCGGAGCUUUGUCGGUAAAAUUAACACCCGAAGAGAUGUCCGAGCUCAAAUCCUUUGCUUCAGCAGAUUCUGUAAAAGGAGAAAGAUAUGGUUUAGUCCGUGCUACCUACAAUGAAUCUGAAACUCCUUCAUUGUCUUCAAGGAAACCCUGAAUGAGUACACUUCUUGCCACCACCAUAUUUGAUGAAAUCUUCAUGAUGAGGUAUGGUCUUAAACUUAAACGUAAUGCCCUGGAUAUGUGUUUCGGAACCACCAUGAUCGAGUCUCUAUGUUGUUUCCAGAGAAUAAGAUUAUGUCAAAAGUAUCAAUAGGUCUGCUGUUGUGAUGAUAGUUUGCUAAGUUUGUCAUGUUUAGAUUGUGUACUC